UACUAGUAUAUAUUGUACUCUAUGUUCCUAACAAAGAAGAAUCUUCUAAAAUAUUUUUCUUAGAAUCAAAUUACUACCAAAGAGUACUUUUUAUAUAUUACUACCAAUCCAAUAGUAGCAGCUUAAUUUGAUUAGAGUACCUAGGUACUUAGCGUAUAUUUCUCGGGAAAGCUAUGAGGGAUGAUAACGAAGAUGACUACAAAUUUGCUGCUUGCACCUUUUUUGCUAAAGAUCAUCCAGGAGAAACUUGUGGCAGCAACGGUCUACCGCUCACACCGAGUUCAGUUACUAUAAUAGGACAGGCACAACGUCUACUUACCCUUAAACAUGAUAAUUUGUGUACAUACUUGGACAUCAUUAGGUGUAAACAUGAACGUAUAAUUGUGGUGGCAGAAGUUAUAGGGAAAUCUCUAAAAGAAACCAAGUUGAAAUUUGCUUAUGAGGAAAUUAUAAACAUUGGCCUACAAAUUGCGAAAGCAGUGAGUUAUUUACACAAGCAGGAUAUAACCCAUAGGACACUAUCUGAUGAUAAUAUUUUGAUAGAUACUAAUGGCCAAGUGAAGUUGUUUAACUAUGGUAUGAAUUACAUGACAAAAGGAGGGACUGAAGUGGCUUUUCCUAUUGGACUUCCAAGAUAUUUUAGUCCAGAGACAAUACUCAGUGGAGGAGGACCUUCUGUUGAUGUGUGGUCAUUUGGUAUUAUUCUGUUGGAGCUAUGCAUAGGGAAGCUGUGGCAGAACUUGAAGCCUGGACCUAUAUUACGUAGGAUACUAACAUUGGUCCAUUCUGGUAAUGCAGCUGAGAGAAUUGCUAGAGAAAAUGAUUACUAUGAAGUUUACAAGCAAGUGCCAGAUCAUGUUAAAAAUGUAAUAGAAAAAUGUCUAAAAAUUCAUCCCAGCGAAAGAGCAACUUUUGAGGAAUUGGUAUCUGAACUGUCAAACUUGAAUACUAAGAAGAAUCUGGAGCUAAAAAGAUCUUGUGGUUUAAUGGGAUGCAAUCUGCAUGUGCUAUACCAUCUAUGGCAAUUGGCUGGUGGGGAUAUUCAAGCAGAGUUAAAGAAGAACUGUCUUAUAAAAAAUAGUCCUCCCAUUUUGUCUAUGCCUAUAGCAAUAUUACUUGAUGGCUGUACUAUAGGUGGUAGAACUGGAGCCUUUUUUGAUCGCCGCAUCGCAAAAUACAGCUUAGACUUGCUCAAGCUACGGCUCAGUCACAUUUCACCACAUGACUUCUAUCCUCUGAUGCAUGAGAGAAGGAAAGUUUAUGAUGCUGUCACUCUUCCUAAGAUAAUAAGGGAAAGAGACACGGAAUAUCAGUUUUACAGACUGUUGUGGUUUCAGAGGCUUUUACAGGGUUACCCACACACUGCGGCGCACAUAAGAGCCGAAGCGGAAGUGGACAUACCUCCCCUUGUAAGGGGAGACGUAUGGGCCGCGCUACUAGGCGUGUGCGGGGACAUCGAACGCCAGUACGAGAGGAUAGAUAAAGAGACCCCCACUCCUACUGAUAAACAGAUUGACGUGGACAUUCCCCGUUGCCACCAAUACUGUUUACUGCUAUGCGGUAGUGCGGGUCAUCGGGCGCUCAAGAGGCUACUGAAGGCGUGGCUGCUCACCAACCCUCAGUAUGUGUACUGGCAAGGAUUGGACUCAUUGACUGCACCAUUCCUGUACUUGAACUUUUGCAACGAAGCUCGCGCGUUCGCGUGUUUGCAAGUGUUCGUACCGAAGUUCUUGCACAAUUUCUUCUUGAAAGACAACAGUUCCGUUAUAAAAGAAUAUUUGGCCAAAUUCUGGCAAAUGACCGCAUUUCACGAGCCAGAGUUGGCCACCCAUCUGCACGAGAUUAACUUUGUUCCGGAGCUGUUCGCCAUACCAUGGUUCUUGACUAUGUUUUCGCAUGUUUUCCCUCUUCACAAAAUUCUACAUCUGUGGGACGCUCUCCUGGUGGAAGGGCCGUCGCUACCCUUAUUUAUGGGGGUAGGAAUUCUACGCCAAUUGCGCGAUACCCUCCUCUCUUCCGGCUUCAACGAAUGUAUACUGCUCUCAUCGGAUUUGCCUGAAAUAGAUAUCGGAGAAUGUGUCAAGGAAUCCAUUAAUAUGUGCCGCAGCUCGCCGCGGAGUAUAAGUUACCGAAGAUUUACCAACGAACCUCCUAUAAAAGAGCCUACUGAUGCCGUUGAAAUACCAAUGGAAGUUUUAUUCAGUGAGAUCUGCCCUCGGAUAAGUCUGUCCGAUUUCUUCUCCCUAGUUUGCCAAGAUAAGUGUUGCGUCAUCGACAUAAGGUCCAACUUACUUUACGAGAAAAGUUGCAUAGAAGGUAGUAUUAACGUUCCAUACAGUGGGGUACAGCUCGGACAACACGAACUCAGAGCCCUAGGGCUUCGCCCCCAACGCGUCCUAACUGACGCUAUCAAACAGAAGAAGACUGUCGUGGUAGCAUCAGCUGAAGACGAGACUGCGCAAUUGUUCAGUGCACACUUGGUUAAGUGCUGUGUGCCAAGGGUUUGUAUACUUCAUGGGGGCGUACCAGCACUCAAUACGCACGUGCCUUCGUUAUUCACAACGCCGCCAAAUAAAAACGGCCAUUAGAUAACUUCACCCGUCCUUUAUUAAAUAUAUUAUGUGGAAGGCCAACAAGUACCUACAUUGUAUACACUCGUUUACGCCUUUUUUGAAGAAAUCUAUGCUGUAUUCCUAAGAAAUUCCUCAAUAGUGAGCUUAUUGUACAUCGUACGCCUUACACAUUAAACAGAGUAAAAUUAAGGUACGGUUGAUCUCAGAAAUGAAAAUCAUUUUUUAGUUGGAUUAAGACUGAUGCUCUGUGGAUUAUUUAUAUUUACUUGAAUGGCAAUUUAAAAUAAAAAUUAAACACUUUAUUUUGACAUUCGUUCAAUUUAAUUGUCGUCUCUAAGUUCAUCCGUAAGCAAAUUCGCUUAGAAUAAUAAUAUACAUAGAAGGAAUGCAAAAAAAGUACCAAUAUGCAUUAGUUUCGUCUUAAUUCCACCAAUAAGUUCGAUAAUGUUUUGGAAAGAGACAGAAAUUUCAAUUUUUCUUUGACUGACUACAAUGAUCUGAAGCCAAAAAUUUAAUCAAAAAUAGAAAAAACACGCUUCAAGUUUACUAACUCAAUGUUAAAACUGUCACAAUUUGAAACAAACAAAGUUACUCUUUUGAACGCUUUUUAAUGUCGAAAUAUAUGAAAGUCUGCUACUUAAGAGCGAUAAUAGCUUGAACUCAUACUGAAUUAUGAUAAAAACUAUCGACAUCCAACACGCAUAAAACACGUAUAUUUACACCAAAUAAUCUUAAUAUGAACAUCAAUUAAUGUGAAAUAUUAACACAAUAACUGAUCUCACCCGAUUAUCUACUAUAGCUGAGCUUAUUUUGCUACUUUUUUUUGUUGAUUGUAAUUAUAUCCGAACUGUAUAUCUGUAUCCGAACCGAAGAUAUAAAAUGAAAUAAUUAUAAGGUUAAUGAGAUGGUUAAUGAGAUCGCACAUUGCUAAGAUAAUGAUUAUACAUUGUAUUGAAUAUGCGCGUAAAUGUUUGUUUUCAUUGAUAUGCCAAUAUAGUACUUACGAUUGUGCAUUGAUUAUUUCAAUACUAGAUUGCGAUGCGCAUUGCACAUAUUAUCUUUAUAAAUGCUACAAGAUAAAUAAAGUCCAGGUCAAUCGCGAUAAGUGUCAAUAACUUAAAUGCAACGAGCUUGAAAUUGGUCUUUACCUAUGAACAACGAUAUUAAAUACCCUAGAUAUACCAAUACGAACAAAAUCGUGCCCGAAACCUGUCCAAAAGGUACAUUGGACGACCCACGGAGCUCCGUAUGACGAUCGCGUAGUCAAAUACAAUAUAAGGAAUUAUUUAAACAUAGUAAGUCACCUUUAAUACAUACUGUAUAAGGUCUUUAUUAAAAUGCAUGCGUCAAAGAGUUCAGUACAGAGACAGUUCGAAAUGCAAGCUCGUAAAAUUUUACGACUUACUGCUAUAUGCGGAAGAAUAUACACCUUAUUUCUUUGACACUACGCGCAAUUCUGGAUGCGUUGUUAGCAAUAUCGCAGGUACGGACCUUGAGGAAAAGAGAUGGAUAUAUGCAUUUGAAUAUCAAAAAUAUUUUUUUAUUUAAUCAGUUUAUAGUAACUAGACCAAAAUUUUCUUCAAAUGCGUUAAAUAAACAGACAUUGAAUAGAUCGAAAAACUGACACCACGUACUAUAAGUAUAUUUUUCGCUUUUUAAGGAGCUCUGCGGCAUGUUCACUUUUCAACGGUCCGCGCGUGACUGUGAACCAAGAAGUGCUUGAGUGGUGUUCAAGCACUUCUUGAUUGGGACACAUUUUGAACACACAUGGUGUAUUAUUAUUAUUAUUAGUAUUUAAUAUCGUUGCUUAUGAAAUUGCCGUUCUGCCGUACCUACUGGCUAUUUCAAGUCAUUUUUUUUAAUUUUUCGCUAAGAAUUCUAAGAUCAAAUUAUUUUUAAAAUAAGGAAUUCUUUUCCUCCAAUAAUUGACAUUUGUUUAAUAAAUACGUGAACCCUCCAGUACCUCCUAUUCAAAAGACUGACGAUUUGGACUUGACCAUAAGUCGUAACCGUUUGUUGAUUUUUUUUGCUGCCCUAGACGUUCACUCAUCACUACAUAGAGUGCUCAGGCCCUACUAUCAUUACUACGUCUUGCCUCUUCUAUUCGAAUGAAGAAAUAUGACUUGGAAACAUACUUAUCGUAUGCAACUUUGCGUAGGCCAUUUUUGUAAUCAUAAUUAUGGUUUCUUACAAAAGAAGAGUCUUAACAUUCUAAAGCGUUGCAUACGUGGACUCAGUUUUUCUUAAGUAGUUCAGUUUGCAAGUUAUAUUUUGCUUCUCUAUUCAUGUUCUAAACAUAUGCUUAAAAAAGGUAUAACUCGCACCAUAAAAAAACUAAUCAGAAAUGGUGACGCGAAGCAUGCUGUUCCCCUCGCACAUUAUUUUUGACAAGAUGUGUUAAAGGGAUUUGAUGGGUUAUUUUAUGUUCAUGUACAACAUACUACAGAACUUAUUAGUUCACGGGCAGAUAUCCCUUAGGGGUACAAAUUCCAUGGAUCUCUAACAUUAUCCAAAUGCUAUAGUGUGUAUCUCUGUACAUUUCCUUAUCUGUAUUAAUAUGUGAGGCUCAUUAAUGACUUGUGUAUAGUUCCAUACAGUGUAUGUUGUUAAAGUUUGGUGGUUUUAUGGUUUAUAUUCAUAUAACGUGGUGCCCCAAUAACAUUUCAAAAGUUCGAAGAUAAGGAACAUCCUUCUAAGUUACAGUUGAUAAAUUGGGCUGUGUAAAUUUUUUCUAGAAAUCAGAUAUAUAUAUAUAGAUAGUUUGUUUAUAAAGUUGUGCAAUACAGAUAUAUAAUAUUUUGUAUAUUCCUAAAAAAAAUAUGUAUAAGGCGCCGUCCACACCGGGAGCGAAAUGAAACGAAUAACGCUUCAUUCACGAAGCACAGUACGUCCGC